CGGUUCCGUCCACGCCAGCUGUGCGAGUCCGAUCGGUGCGCUGUGGCCGUUUCCAGUGAGGCUCUUGAAAAACGAGCAGAAGCGGGGCUAGGACUCACCUCCGCGCCUUCGAACGAGUCGUGAGCCUGCCCGCGACCGGGGAGGUCGAAAGGCACCCGCGGUCACCCCGCCCAGGACAGCGAAGGGGUGGCGGGCGGACGAGCCCUGGGGACCCGCUUCUGUUGCCCGAGGUCAGGGCCGCUCGCUCCGCGCCGCUCGCCCCGCAGGGUCCCGUGAUGGCGGCGGCGUGGAUGGACCCGGCGCAGGUGUCCGUGACCUUCGAUGAUGUGGCCGUGACCUUUACCCGGGAGGAGUGGGGGCAGCUGGACCCAGCCCAGAGGACCCUCUACCAGGAGGUGAUGCUGGAAAACUGUGGGCUCCUGGUGUCCCUGGGCUGUCCUGUCCCCGGACCUGAGCUGAUGUACCAGCUGGAGCACGGGCAGUGGCUGUGGCCGCUGAAGAAAGGCCUCCCUCAAAGCGCCUGUGCAGGUGACAAAGAAAAACUUAAGACUACAGAAACUACCACUUGUAAGCCAGCCCUGUCUGAGGGAACCUCACGCCAGGAACAACUAUCAGAAGAAGCUCCAGGGAACUCCCAGGUGGGCCAAACCGAGGAUCAGAAUGGGCCAUUGGAGAUGCAAGAAAGACACUUGGAACCAGAAAUAGACCCCCAGAAGGAGAAGCUCCCUGGGAAGGCGAGCUCUGAACAUGGUGGCUUAGGGACAACGGAUGGUGUGUGUUCAGUGGUUGUCCCAGAGCCAGUCCCCCCAGGACAUGCUGUUGAUGACCAUGACUCAUGUGGAUCAGGUAAAGAUCCCGUGAUGCAGGAAGAGGAAAAUACCUUUAAAUGCAAUGAAUGUGGGAAAUUUUUUAACAAGAAACGCCUCCUUGCUCGACAUGAGAGGAUUCACUCUGGAGUUAAGCCCUAUGAAUGCACAGAGUGUGGGAAAACAUUUAGUAAGAGCACUUACCUUCUUCAGCACCACAUGGUCCACACAGGGGAGAAGCCCUAUAAGUGCAUGGAGUGUGGGAAGGCCUUCAACCGCAAGUCACACCUUACACAACACCAACGGAUUCACAGUGGCGAGAAGCCUUACAAGUGCAGUGAAUGUGGAAAGGCCUUCACCCACCGCUCCACUUUUGUCUUGCAUAAUAGGAGCCACACUGGAGAAAAACCCUUUGUGUGCAAAGAAUGUGGAAAAGCCUUCCGAGAUAGACCAGGUUUCAUUCGACACUACAUCAUCCACAGUGGCGAGAAUCCCUAUGAAUGCUUUGAGUGUGGCAAGGUCUUCAAACACAGGUCAUACCUCAUGUGGCACCAGCAGAGUCACACUGGGGAGAAGCCCUAUGAGUGCAGUGAGUGUGGGAAAGCUUUCUGUGAGAGUGCAGCCCUCAUUCACCACUAUGUCAUUCACACUGGGGAGAAGCCCUUUGAGUGCCUCGAGUGUGGGAAGGCCUUUAACCACAGGUCAUACCUCAAGAGGCACCAGCGCAUUCACACUGGGGAAAAGCCUUAUGUGUGCACUGAAUGUGGAAAGGCCUUCACCCACUGCUCAACUUUUAUCUUGCACAAAAGGGCUCACACUGGAGAAAAACCUUUUGAGUGCAAAGAAUGUGGGAAAGCCUUUAGUAACCGGGCAGACCUCAUUCGACACUUCAGUAUCCACACUGGAGAGAAGCCCUAUGAAUGCAUGGAAUGUGGGAAGGCCUUCAACCGUAGGUCAGGCCUCACAAGACACCAGCGGAUUCACAGUGGAGAGAAGCCCUAUGAAUGCCUUGAGUGUGGGAAAUCCUUUUGCUGGAGCACAAAUCUCAUUCGACACUCCAUCAUACACACUGGAGAGAAGCCCUAUGAGUGCAGUGAGUGUGGAAAGGCCUUCAGUCGCAGCUCAUCCCUCACUCAGCAUCAAAGGAUUCAUACUGGGAGAAACCCUGUCAGUGUAACAGAUAUGGGGAGACCUUUCACAAGUGGGCAGUCCUCAGUCAACCUCCAAGAGCUUCUACUGGGGAAAGACUUUUUGAAUGUAACCACAGAAGAAACAUCUUACUCAGAAUCUGAUCAUUCAUACCAAAGAGAAACCCCACAGUUUUCUUCCCUAUGAGAAAACUUUAUGUUGUAGGAUACCAACUGUCAUCUAAAGAAUCAUAUUCAAAAUUGAUCCAGCUAGAGCCUUAUUCUACAUCCAAGAAUUCAUCCACUAGAGAGACCAGUGGUGAUUAUGCCCUUAGGAAAAUCUUGAGCUACAGCUUUCUCCUUAGUUUACACUGCAGUGUUAUCUCAGGAAAAUCUUUUUUUUAAAGGAUAGACUUAGAAAAUGAACAACAAACAGUUUAUUACAGACUUCUUUGUCAAGACUAUGGCACUUCAUCUGUGGUCAUGGAUUCCUUAGUUUACUUGGAAGAGAAGAGUUUUAUUUAUGAGGCAAAGGACCUAGAUUCUUUAUGUAUCAUGUAUAUACAUUCACUCCUGUCCAAUGUCAGGAGAAUUAGACAGUUGAGGGCAGGUUUGGAAACUUUCAUUGAACAGCUUUGUUCUAAAACAUUUUCUCUACUCUUAAGGAACUUAAUUUUUGCUGGAAACAUUAAAGCUUGAGCCAUCAAAUACGUUUAUUUUUGAGGAGAUAAGAAUGCACAUAUGAAUGGGCACAUUUUAUUUGCACCAGUUAAGACUACUUAAGGCUUUGGUAUUUAAAAAACUAACCUUUUCUUCAUGUGUUUUAAAGAACUAAUACUCAGACUUUUUCUUGUCCUGUGCUGUCGGUUUACUUGAUUGCUAUAGUUACAUGUAAAUAUUUUAAUUGGGUAGUUAUUCCUCUCUAUUCUUUUUAAAAACUUAUUAAGUACCCCUUAUUACUUUGAAUUUCCACAUAAACUUUUGGAUAAGCUUGUCUAAUUUUACAAAAAAUAUAUAUAUAUAUUGAAUUUUGAUAGAAACUGAGUUAAAUUGUCUAAUUGGUUAAGAAUUAGGAUCUUUACUGUGUUGAGUCUUCCAAAUCAUGAAUGUAAUAUGUCUCUACAUUUAAGUAUUUCUUGAUUUGUUUUGUUACUGUUUUACAAAUUUCAAUAAUAGGUCCUAUACAAUUUUUAUAAGAUUUGUAUCUAUGGUUUUUUUUUAAGUGAUUAUACAGUAUUGCUUUUCAACUUCCAGUUUCCACACAAUCUUUGCUAGUAUACAGAAAUAUAACUAUUUUGGAUGUUAUUUUAGUAUCCUCAACCUUGCUGAAUUGUAGCCAUUUCUUUUGAUAAUGGGAUUUUCCAUAUAGAAAUAUUACCUGCAAAUAGAGACCAUUUUAUUUCUUUUUUCCCACCUGUGUAAAUACUAUUUCCUUUUCUUGCCCUACUGCAAUAGCUAGGGUUUCCAAUAUGUUGAAUAGUUGUAGUAAAAAAGGAUAUCAUUGCCUGGCUUCUGAUAUUAAGGGGAAAAUAUUCAGUUUUUCAUCAUUAAUUAUGAUGUAAGGUUUUCUUCAUAGAGUUUUCUUACCAAUUUUAGAAAGUUUCCCUUAUUUCUAAUUUGGUGAGGUAUUUUAGUUACUGUGCAUGGGUACUGAAUUUUGUCAAAUACUUUCUCUGUAUAUCAAUUGUUGUAAUCAUUUUUUACCCUUCUGUAGCCUAUUGAUAAUGAUGUAUUACAUUUGAGUUUUGAAUAUUGAAACAGCCUUGUAUCCUUGGAAUAAGCCCCACUUGGUCAUGGGGUAUAAUUAUUUUUAUAUAUUACAGUAUUCAAUAUGCUAGUGUUUUGUUGAAGAGAUUUUCCUUCAUGAGUAAUAAUGAUAUGUAGCUAGCUUCCUUUUUUUUUUUGGUAGUGUAUCUGAACUUAGUGUUUAGGUGAUACUGACCUCCCAACAUGGGUUGGGAGAUGUUCCUUCUUUAUUUUGAAGACAGUGUGUAGAAUUGGUUUUAUUUGUUAUUUUAAUAUUUGUUAGCAAUUCUCCAGUGAACCAUUUAGGCCUGGAGAGUUUUCUUUGGAUGCUUUUUAAUUAUGUAUUUAUUUUAUUUAAUGUGUAUAGAAUUACUCAGAGUAUUUCAUAUUGGAUGAAUUUUCAAUGUAUCUUUUUCUAGGAAUUAAUCCAUUUCAUCUAAAUUUUCUUUUUUGUUUCAAGUAUUCUUUUAUUAUCUUUUUGAUGGCAGCCAAAUGUAUACUUAACUGUUUUAUUCCUGAUAUUGGAAAGGUGUCAACUCUCUUUUUAUCUUUGCCAGUGUUUGUAGAGAUUUAUCUAUCUUUUUGAUCAUUUCAAAGAACCAGCACUUUAUAGCAUUGUUUUUUCUCUCUUUGUUCCUACAUUCACUGAUUUCUGUUCUGAUCUUUAUUAUAUCCUUUCUCCUACUUGCUUCAGUGGUAUUUUUCUCUGCAGUUUCUGGAGGUAGGUGCUUACAUUAUUGAUUUGAGAUCUUUUAUUAUUCUAAUGUGAGCAUUAAAUUCUGUACAUUUCCCUCAGCACUGUCUUAGCUUUACCUCAAAUUUUAAUGUUUUAAUUACAUUUCAGUCAGUUCUAAAUAUUUAUUCAAAUCUUCCUCUCUAACCCAAGGGUUAUUUAUAAGUAUUUUGCUCAAUUUCCUAGUGUCUGGAGUAUUUUGUGUUCUCUUUUUCUUAUUGAUUUGUUUUAUGUUUGACUUGGCUGUUUAAAUUUGUUUAGGUUUGUUUUAUGACCCAGGAUAAGGUCUAUCUUGAUGAAUGUUCUGUAACCCUGCUUAAAAAGAAUGUGUAUUCUACUGUUGGGUGGAGUUUGUAUAAAUAUCGACAUCAUCCUAUUGGUUGAUAAUGUUAUUCAGAUUUUUAGUAUCCUUGCUGAUUUUCUGUCUAGUAUUUCUAUCAGUAGCUGAGAGGGGUUGUUGAAGUACUUCAAUGUAAUUCCCAGAAUUGUCUAUUUCUCCUUUAAGUUGUAUCAGAUUUCACUUCAUGUAUUUCAAAGCUCUGUUGUUUGGUGCAUACCCGUUAGGACUGCUGUGUCAUCUUGGUGUAUUGACCCUUUUAUCAUUAUGUAAUGUCCCUUUUUGUCCCUGUAAAUUUUCUUUGAAGUAUACUCUACCUGAUAUUAAUAUAGUCACUAUUGUGUUUUUUGGUUAGUGUUUGCAUGGCUUAUAUUUCUCAAUAAUUUUAUUUUCAACCUUACCUGUACUGUUAUAUUUGAAGUAAGUUUCUGUGAAUAGCAUGUACUGCAGUCAUGCUUUCUUUUUAUCCAUUACUAUUUCUGUUGUUAAUCGGUAUAUUUAGACCAUUUAAAUUUAAAAUAAUUAUUGAUAUGUUAGGGCUUACAUAUGCCACUGUAUGAUUUGUUUUUUCUUGUUCCCUUUUUAUCUGGGUUUUUGUUUGUUUUUUGUUUUUUGCCUUCCUGUGGCUACUUUAAUUUUUAGGAUUCCAUUUGAUGUAUUUAUGAUGUUUUUGAGUAUAAUUCUUUAUAUCCCAAUUGUAUUGUAUGUAUAUAAGUUAUCACAGUUUAUGGUAUCAACAUUUUAGCACUUUGUUAUGUAGAAACCUUAUCUCCAUUCAGUCCCUUUACAUUCCCCAUUCUUUACUAUAAUUGUCUUAAGUAUUUCCUUUUCAUACACCAAAGCACCAUAUUGGAUGAUGGUCUUUUUUGCUUCAACUGUCAAGCAAUUUUUACAAAACUCAUGAGAAGUACAGUCUGUUUACUUCUAUUUUAAUCCAUUGUUCUUUCUUCCUUCUUGAAAUUAUAAGAUUUCUUCUUUUAACAUUUCCUUUUUCUUUUUUUCCUGAUUUAUGAUUGGGUUACAUCCCAAUAAGCCCAUAUAAAGUUGAAAAUAUCAAAUAAGCCACAAAUGCAUUUAAUACACCUAACGUACUGAACAUAAUAGCUUAGUCUUGCCAUCCUUAAAUGUUCUCAAAACACUUACAAUAGCCUAAAGUUGGGCAAAAUCAUCUAUUUUAUAAUAACAUGUUGAGUAUCUCGUGUAAUUUAUUGACUGCUGUACCGAAAGUGAAAAAGAAUGGUGGUAUAGGUACUCAACAUACACAGUUGAUAGCUCACUGGGCCUGAAGAAUGUUUGAAGCAUUGAACUAAAAUUAAUUGCUAGAUGAUAGGGAUGCUACGGUGAUGGGGUCAUCAAUUUCCCUAUUGAUGACCCAGGAAUAACUGAUAGAAGGCACUGGGGCAUCAGAACUUGUGUUCUUCAAGAAAACAAUAAAGUCUUGGCUGAAUAAUUUGUUUCUUUAUAUAUUUGUAACAAGCAGGAGCAUCCUGUGUCUGCCCAUCAGCUCUUGCAAAUUUCUCAUGAUUGAUGUUUAUUUCUUCUAGCAUUUGUACACCAGUGCUCAUAGUUGCAAAUGCCUCUGCCAGUUUCUUUGCUGUGAACUUUCUUGGUUCCUUAGGUAUAACAUCUUAUUCCUUUGCCUCAAAUUCUUUGUUUCUCCAGUUAACUCCUUGUUGGAAAGUUCUUCAGCCCCAAUGCCAACAAUGUUAUCAAUAUCCUCUUCAUCAAUAUCCAUUUCUGUUUCUCAAGCAUUAAUAUCUUGUUACUAUUUCAUCAAUAGCAGACUUUGUUAAAGCUUUUGAAUGUGUUCACAUGUCUUCAAACCUUCCAGCUGACAUUCAUGCUUUGUGUGUCUUCCCAUGCAUCAUUCAUUGAUGGUCCGGGCAGCAUUUAGAGUUUACAACCUUUCCAAAACUCUCAGAUCGUUUGGCCAGAUUCAGUGCUUCAACUGCCUGCAGGAGCUUUUGUGUAAAUAAUAUGCUUUGAAUGUAGUUGCUGUGCGUAGGUCCAUUGGUUGAGUGGGUACAGUCAUGUUGGUGGCAGAUACACAACCUUUACAUCAAGAUGCAUGUCGCCAGUGUGCUGGGGAUGCCCUGGAGCAUUCUCUAAGAUCAGAAGAAUCUUGAAUGAGGUGUUGUUUUGCCUACAGUAUUCUCUUGCCUACAGAAUAAAAGAGUUCAAAACCA